CACGUAUUAUAUGAAUCAGCAUUAGUGUUCAUACCGUAAUUUAAGGAUAAACAGCAACGCAAGCAAAGAUGACAGUCUUCUGCAGAGAAAAUAUGACUACAUUUUAAAUAGUGAACCAUGUCAUUCUUUUCUGAACUUUCCAGAAACGAUACUAAGAAAAUUAUAUACAAAAUCAAAGAAAGGCGAAAUCACGUAGAAAUAGAUGAGUUACGAGGAAGAGAUAGAGUUAAGGUCAGGAAGAAGGCGUCAGCUGAAGGUCAAACUGGUGUUAGAUGAAGACAUCAGAAAAAAUCACGAAUGUCACAGAAACCAAAUCCGUGACGACAGAUGUCUUAAAGAUAUCAGGAAAGUUGAUGGUUCAUCAAAAGUUAAUCAAGACGAGAGUAAUGAAAAAGAUGAAGGAACUAAUCUUACUUUAGUGUACGGCAGCACACCGGGAAAGAAACAAAGUAGAGGUGGCAAAGUAUCGCAUGAAUCAAAAAGCGAAAUAUUCGUCGCUUGCAAGAAAAAUAUUUUCUCAAACUUUUCAAGAAGAAAAGAGGAUAAACCACAUCAAUCAUAUUUAUACUGCAUAUCGAUGCUUAGCAAAUAUGUAGAGAGCAUAGAAGAAAUUGUUAAUGAGAUUGAAAGUGACUUUCAUAGAGUUCCAACAACUGAUUUACAUGAGAAAAGUAAAAAGGUGUUUCGAAAGGAUCGGAAAAAGAAAAACAGAGUAUUUUGCUUUGCAAAAGUUGAUUCAUAUUCUAAGAAAAGGAAAAACCAAAAAAUCAAAGCAAAACGACCAGAGUCAAAUUUGGAGAAAUGUCGUAUCGAAAGAGAUUUUACAGAAAGGCAUUUACCUUCAUAUCAUUCUAGACAGAGUAAUAAAACCGUCAGUGAGAUUUAUAGAAAUUAUCUUAGGACUAAUCCAUUAACAAUAAAAUAUUCUAACAUUAUAGAUAAAAUCAAAGAAAACAUAUGGGCAUUUGAUCAACAGUAUUGUUCAAAGCAUUAUCAGAAUACAAUACAUUUAGGUUUUGACAAAAAGUGGAGAUAUUCGGAUUUUAAGGAAGACCUAAUGUCUAUUUUGUUUGGUUUAUCUCAAAUAAAGACUGACUUUAUUCAGCUUUUCCCAGUAUAUGGGACUUCUAGAAAUCUCGACGAAUUUGUAGAAAGAGAAAUAAAUCAAAAUCAGGGAAGCAAUGACCAAGAAACCUACUGUCAUUCAUUGAAUUUAGAACUUGUAAGACUGGGUUCAUUUCACAAUUUCCCAUCCUCCAGCUCAGUAUCAACGUUGAAACUUGCUCGUCAAGGGUUUUAUUAUUCGAGAGAAGAGAACACUGUUAUAUGUUUCGCUUGUGGAUUUAGGAAACAUGAUUGGAAAAAAGGAGAUGUUGUUGACACUAUUCAUAGAGAGGGUUCGCCAAACUGUCCGAUUUUUAAUUCAAAUAGUACAAGUAAUAUUAAAAUUGGAGGAAAUGGUAUUGACGAGAAUUAUGUGUCCAAAAACGUAGAUCAGCAAGGAAUAACUGAAGCGCUUCCUGAUGGUCCAAAUAAUGGAUCCCAAGAUUUAGUCAAUAAUGAAGGUAUAUCCAGAAACGUAAGAGAUUGUCAACAAAAUCAUUCUUCUAAUAGACCACCAAGUGAUCAUCUUACAAAAGCUAGAGCUCAACAAGAAAAGAUUAAUGCAUUCAUCCGAGACCUAGAUCCGCUAGGUAUUCACUUCGACCGUCCAAAGUAUCCUUCUUACGCAGUGUUAGCGGUUAGAAUUAGUUCCUACGCAGACUGGCCUUCAAGCAUCACUCAGACUCCGCGAAACUUAGCCAUUGCAGGAUUUCUAUAUUCAGGAUAUGGGGAUUAUACACGAUGCUUCUUCUGUGGAGGAGGAUUAAGGAAUUGGGAACCAGGGGAUGAUCCCUGGAUAGAACAUGCUAGAUGGUUUCCGAAGUGUGCAUUCUUGAGACAGAAUAAAGGGGACGAGUUUGUUGCCUUGGUGCAAAUAGAACACCAAGAAGAAGAGGCAUUAGGAGGAAUGAAUGGUCAUCAGGACGACCAACAGAAUGCUAUGGUAAACACAUCCAGACAAACCCAGAAUUCUGUAAAAACUCUCACGAUACAUCCAGGUUUUCAAAGUUUGCUAGAAAUGGGCUACUCAUCUGAAGCAAUUCAAAAGGCGUUUGUUCUCUUGAAAGAAACGAAAGAACCUAUCAAUAUUAAGGCUGAAGAAUUACUAGAAAUAGUUUUAUCUCAAGAAGAGACAGCUGGAGAAAACGCAAGCCCACCAUCAGCAUCAGGAGGACUGGAAAACAAAAUAAACAAGACAGGGAAGUCAGAACAAUCUAAACCAGACACUCACAAGGUUCCAAACUCUAAAGAAAUGGAUGGAGGGGACGAUUUUCAAAUGCAUAACCAAAGAGAUCUGAACAGAGUUAACCAGUCUCUGGCGUCCAUGUCAGUUGAAGAGACAAGGUCACUCAUUGAAGAAAACAGAAAAUUAAAGGAUCUCCGGCUGUGUAAAAUUUGUCUUGAGAACGAGGCUUCUAUCGCCAUGUUACCUUGUGGUCAUCUCUGUUGUUGUCCAGACUGUGCUCCGGCCAUGAGGAAAUGUCCGAUCUGUCGGCAGUUUGUCAAAGGGACGGUUAAAACAUGGAUGGUUUAAUCAUUUUCAGCACAUGAUCAACACUAAUCUUUUGGACAGUUCGAUUUUAAUUUGUGCUUUAUUAUUUAGUGAUUUUUGAGAUUUAAUUUUUAACGAACAGGAUUCGGCUUGUUUCUAA